AUGCACGCGGGAGGAAUCGCCACCUUUGCGGGAUUGGCGUUCUGUACGCCUCACCAGGCUAAUGCGGGAAUUGACGAUGCAGCUCUCAUGACACAUGUCAACGGGCUGCUCACCACACCAUUGACACCGUCUGGUGUGGCUAGUCUGAGGCGGCUGGCGUUUGAGGCACAAGCGCUGGCACUACAGGAUCUCAAGACGAAGCUUGAAAGACCAUCUGAUAAUGAACCCAAGGUGCUCCCGCUCCAGGAGAAAGUCGCACGUCUUGCACGACAAAGAGAGCGGCUCAACGGGAUUGUACUCACUCCGCAUAAUACCCCUAGCCAUGCCAUGAUCGAUCGUGCAUGUGCACAACUGGAGGAAGGCGUCCUUCAAUGGUUGCACCCUGGCAAGUGCACGUCUAGGCAUGCUGAGGCCUUGGUGGAAAAACCCAAGGCGUCGUUGUCAUUCGACUCUCACGGCUCUAUCAAAGUCACCAGCGCCUCCCAUGAGAAGGAUUGUGAUACAGGCUCGGCCCAUUUGCUUCGGGUAGCCCUUCAGCGGAGGGCCCUCGCGUAUGACGUGGCCAACAUCAUCACCUUUGACGUCAUGGAGCGCUGGCACCAGUCUCUCUUUGAUCGACUCCACUACGAGCCUCCGCCGAACUAUACGGCACCAGGCUUGGCUCAACUUGUUGCGGCGGACAAGGCACUGUGGCUCCUGGUCUCCGAGGACACCCGGGCUAAGCUCACCGAGAUGGAUCCCGACUCGCCCCACAUUCGGCUUUGUGACUCAUACAUGAAUUACUACUCCGACCAUCCGGAUGUCCUCUUCCAUCUCAUGCCGCUUCGAGCAGGUCGACGGCAACCUGCUCGUCCUGUGCAACAGGACCAUACCAAGGCCAAGACGACUGUGGUCGAUGUUCGAACGGCUUCCACGUGUGCUGGAAAGAAGGAUGUCACCGUCCCUUCGCAUUUAAGGGUUGCCGUCACUCUGAGUGACUAUCAACCGGACUUUUCCAGUGCCAGCCUUCGGAAACUCUUUGAUCUCUUGCCGCUUGAACCGCCGGCUAGGGGCGUCGGGGUCGGGGUUUCAGGAUCUUUCACCACAGGAGCCUACGUCUACUCCAACGAGGUUGGCCUUCGUCGGAACUUGACUGGGCUACCCCUGACUUCAUCGCUUUUAGCCGCACACGUGCGGCGCAUUUCUCCAUCCUUCCCUUUUACCUCGGUGGCUCUUUUCCACAACCUUAAGACUCCAUGCCACCAGGACAACAACACUUUUCCCGGGUCAUUCAACCUCGUCGCGCCGUUGACGGAAUUCCAGCACGGUGAGAUUUGGUGCGAGGACCCCGCGGGCAACAUUCCGCAGGACUUUCAAGGUGAUCUGCGGCAUGGCGUGCUCUUGGAUGUGGCUCAUGGUCCGGUCCUUCUACCAGCUGCCUCCAGUCUGCAUGCCACUCGUGAUUGGACUGGUGAUCGCUUGGUGUUGGUGGCCUUCUCAGUCGGUCCGGCUCUGCGACUACCACCUGAGCAUGCUGACGCAUUGCGGGCUUCUGGUUUCACUCUCGCCCAGUCAACCGAAGACUUGACGUCGCCUACGCCUCUCCUUCCUCUUGUACCAUCUUCAGUUCGUCCCCUCAUGGUGGAGAUCUGUUCUGGGUCCGGUGCGAUGGCCGCUGCAUUUCGUGAUCUUGGUUUCCUCACGCUGGCCAUCGACAAGACCAUCAACAGCUUCUACUUUCCGCGCUGGAUGAUGCCGCUCUCAUUGGUGUUCUUCACUUGGGUGUGCCAUGCGGCACGUGCAGCCGAGCGCGUGAACGCGCUCUUCCUCGUCGUCUUCAAGGUCGCUUUCGAGCUCCAGGUCCACCUCCACUUCGAGAUGCACGGCAUCCCCUGGGUAAACCUGGACUUCGAGGACUUGACCGUGAACGCGCUCGUCCGCCUCAUGUCCAAAGAGCUCGGCCCUGACCUCCGGCGUGCCUGGCAGGCGGUUCGCUUCUGUGACCUCGAUGCGUGCCAAUUUGGGGGGAAACGGAAGAAGCGCACUCGGCUCGCCUCUACUUUUGACCUCUCCGCCUUGGCUCAGGAUUGUGAUGGCUCUCACCCGCAUGCACCUUUGCGCUUUGCCACGGCGGAGGAGGCGCAGUACUCGGAGGGCUUGUGUCGAGCCAUGGCUCAGGUAUUCGCCGUGUGGACCCCGGUGGAAUUUCUCGAGCAGGCCAAGAACACGGAGCACCCCAUGAACCCGGAGAGGUCUCUAAGUAGCCUGCUCAAGGAGACGCUGUUCCACAACCUCACGAUGGACCCCUUAGUGCUGGCCAAGUCUACAAUUCAGUCAAUCAUCACGGUCAAGCAGAUGGCGCAGGAGCUUGAGGAGAAGGAAGCCAAGUUCAAGUCCACACUUGACCCACUGGUCGCCAAGGUCCUCAAACCGAAGAGGAUCUUACUGUGGAAAGCUCUUCUUCUGGCCGCAGACUACGACGACAUGGACAUUGUUGACCUCGUCUCCAAGGGCAUACCGUUGACGAGGUCGCAUGGUGCGGUCCCAGCUCUGCCCGAGAAACUGGUCCCGGCAACGGACACUCACGAAUCUCUCCUGGCCUCCUCGAGCCUGAGGAGGAAGGCGAUCAUCUCUAGGAAAAGUGACACACCGGAGAGUGAGCAGAUCGAUCUCAAACUGGCAUCGGAUCUAGAAGUUCAGAGAGGAGAGGUUGAGGGCCCCUUCUCUGAGAAGGAGAUCACCGAUCAUUUUGGGUCGGAAAGCUGGCUCCUAAAUCCUAGAUUUGCGCUGCACCAAGGGUCCAACAUGAAGCUUCGGGUGAUUGAUGACGCCAAGCAAUCCGGGUUGAAUGCGGCCUUUCAGCGCACUUGCGAGGCGUCUCUGAUGGAUCUGGACGCUCUGACAUGCGUCCUGGCAACCAUUGCGAAGGCCAUGAGUGACGGCUCAUACCAAGGAUCGGAGUUACAUCCUGACGUCCUGGCGGGAGAUUGGCUGGGACGCACCCUAGAUCUGACUCGGGCCUACAAGCAGUUGGCCAUCGACGCGGAGAGUCGUAGGGUCUGUGUGCUAGGCUUCAAGAAGGGAGAGGACUGGAUUUAUUAG